AUGCUACUGGAUACGAGCAAUUGCACCGAUGUGCCUGAUACCGCACCUUCAGACGCAGGCGUCGCUGGCGCUGGUGUCCUCCUCUCUUUCAUCCUCACCGCCGCCCUCGCCCUCAUCCUCUCCGCCAUCGUCAUCAUCCAAGAACACCUCCGCAAAUCCGAAGCCAAAAUCACCCGCAAGCUCCUCCUCUCCUUCUCCGACCAGCAGAUCCUCACCGGCAUCGGCAUCCAAUGCGUCGCCAUCGUCAAGUUGCAAUGGAUGAUCCCCUACCACUUCUUCCUCGUCUGGAUGCUCUCGGCCAUCUCCACCGCCACCCACAGCGUGACCCUGCUCGCGCUGCACAACGACUUCCGCCGUGACUGGGUGCUGCGCUGGCUGCGCCAAGCGCUGAUGUUCCUCAACUUGGUCCUGUCGUGCGCGCUGGGAAUUUUCGUGCUGUUCGCGGUGAUGAAGGACUUGCCCGAGACGUUACCGAUCGCGUGUGCGUUCUCGGACCGGCCGUCGAAGCCGCCGUCGCGCGCGCCGCUGUCGUUUGCAGGGACGCUGGCGGUGAUCGUGGGGAAUUGCGUCGUGUUUGCAUUCGCGGUGUGGUAUCUACAUCUGCGGGGGAAGAAGUGGUUGAGGGUGAUGCAAGUGAUUAGUCUGAUGGUCUUGAUGGCGAUUGGGAUCGGGGCGGCGGCGAAAGUCAUUAUGCUCUCGCAGGCGUUUGGGACCCCUUCGGUAGCCCUUGCGGACGAAGGGGAGAAGGUGUGGAGUUUCGGACAGUUGUUGCCGCUGUUGCUAUUACUGCUGCCAUUCAUGUCUGCCGUCGAGAUCUUCAGAGGUGAAAUGACCGUUCCGUCACCCAUGGCUGACGAUCAGGUGCGUCUCGCCGAUGACGACGAGCAGGCCAUCCCGAUCAAGCGGACAUCAUUCGAUCCGAACCCGUUCUGGGGGAAGCAGCCCGUCAGUCGGUUCUCAAACUGA